AUGGCCAGAGGGAGCCCAGGUCCACAGUUCGUGCUCUGGGUCGUCUUGGUGCUGGCGGUGGACUAUGGAGCAGGGCAGGAGGGAAAACCCUUCGGUGGAACGUGCCUGGAGGGCCUUAGAAAACGCGAUCAAGAUGCGUCUGUCCAGAAUGGAGCCACCUUCUUGUCGUCCCCCGUAGUCCGUCGGAGGAGGGACUGCAUAAGAGCCUGCUGUAAGGAACCUGCUUGUAACCUGGCGCUUGUGGAGCAGGACCCGGGCACGGAGGAGGACCACAUCCGGGGCUGCUUUCUCCUCAACUGCCUCUACGAGCAGGCUUUCGUGUGCAGGUUUGCCAGGAAGGUCGGCUUCCUCAACUUCCUGAGGAAGGACGUGUACGAUUCCUACCUGGCAAUGCAGGAUCACAGGUCGAAUGAUGACCAUCCUCCAAUAGCCCGCACUGGCAAGGACAUGAGGGUACAGCCGGGGGAGCCAGUGAUGCUGAGAGGCAUAGAGAGCACGGAUGACCGAGGGAUAGUCAGCUAUGAAUGGAAACAGGUCGUUGGCGACCCCUCCGUGGAGAUGAAGAAGCACGAAGAUGAUCAAGUAGAGAUCUCCAACCUACAGGCAGGGAUUUACGUCUUCCAGCUUACUGUCACAGACACUGCACAACAGCAAGACUUCACCAACAUCACCAUCAUGGUGCUGAAUUCUGAGCAGACUGAAGAGCAUUGUUUGACUCCCAAGAAGGUGGGUUGGUGUCGGGGAUCUUUUCCACGCUGGUUUUACAACCCGAGCCUUCAGCAGUGUGAGGAGUUCAUUUUUGGUGGCUGCAAGCCCAACAAGAAUAACUAUUUAAGGGAAGAGGAGUGUCAACUCGCCUGCAAGAAUGUUAGAGGUUCUGUUGGUGGGCGACAGCAGCCAGUGUGCAAUGGGAAGUGUCACCCCCCAUUCUUCAAAUGCAAGGAUGGCUGCUGCAUUGAUGCCUAUCUGGAGUGUGAUGAAACUCUUGACUGUGCUGAUGGAUCGGAUGAGAUGUAUUGUGAACAAUAUGCUCGUGAGUUCAACAGACUGCAGAAAAUCAAUGUCACAUAUACACGAGGCCACUGUGUGGAGUUGCCUGACACUGGACAGUGCACGGAGAGCAUCCCUCGCUGGUACUACAACCCAUUCUCUGAGAAAUGUGACCCCUUCACCUAUGGGGGCUGUGGAGGCAACAACAAUAACUUUGAGAAAGAGGACGAGUGCAUGAAAUCGUGUUCAGGCAUCACAAAAGCAGAUGUCAUUGGUCGGAGAUGGGAGUCAUUUGAGCCCCAAAGCGCUCUCUUAAGUGCCUUUGAGGUAGUGAUUGCUGUGCUCCUCGGGAUCUGCAUCAUGGUUGUCCUGGCCAUCAUCGGCUACUUCUUCCUGAAGAAAAGGAAGAACAGCCGCCGGCGUCAGCCAGCCACUGCUACCAACUCAACCCUCUCCACCACAGAGGACACUGAGCGUCUGUUUUACAGCAGUGCCACCAAACCAGUCUGACCUACAGCUGGUGUCCCUCCAGCCCAGCACUGGGGCUCCCCAGAACUUCUGGAGUUCUGUUUUUAGACACAGGCCAGUGCCCGAAGGACUUUUUCCCUUUGAAGACAUUUGUAGCAUCAGGCCAAGGUCUAGCCAUGAUUUGGCACUACUAGUGUUUGUGAUUGUCUUGGCUAAAUGGCUGCUCUGGAAAGUGAGGAUCUGGGAGCAUUUUGAUGCUCUCUGA